AUGGAUCAUGUGGUUGGUGGCACGUAUAAAUUGGGUCGGAAGGUCGGUAAAGGAUAUUUUGCGGAACUUUAUUUGGGGAUAAAUGUGCUAACUGAAGAAGAAGUUGCUGUGAAGCUGGAAUCAACUAAAACAGAACACCCUCAGCUUCAUUAUGAAUCAAAGCUGUAUAGGCUUCUACAAGGAGGAACUGGAAUUCCAAACGUCCGGUGGUUUGGCGUUGAAGGUGAAUACAAUGCCAUGGUUAUUGACCCUCUUGGGCCAAGUUUGGAAGACUUGUUUAACUAUUGCAAUAGGAGGUUCACUUUAAAGACAGCUUUAAUGCUGGCAGAUCAAUUGAUUAAUAGGAUUGAAUUUAUGCACUCAAGAGGAUUUCUUCACCGUGACAUUAAGCCCGAAACCUUCUUAAUGGGUAUAGGGCGUAAAGCAAAUCAGGUAUACAUAAUUGACUAUGCUCUUGCCAAGAAAUACAGAGAUCAUGAGACACAUGAGCAUAUACCAUUCAGGGAAAACAAAAGGCCCACAGGAACAGCUCGUUAUUCUAGUGUUAGCACCGAUCUUGGAGUUGAACAAAGCAGAAGAGACGAUCUGGAGUGUCUUGGUUAUGUGCUUAUGUAUUUUUUGAGAGGAAGUCUGCCAUGGCAAGGUCUGAAAGCUGACGGCAAAAAGCAGAAAUAUGACAAGAUUACUGAGAAGAAGAUGCUUACACCUAUAGAGGUGCUUUGCGAAUCCUAUCCCUCAGAAUUCAUAUCAUAUUUUUAUUAUUGCCGAUCAUUACAGUUUGAGGACGAACCAGAUUACUCAUACCUGAAGAGGUUAUUCCGUCACCUUUUCAUUAGUGAGGGUUUUCAAUUUGACUAUGUGUUUGAUUGGACUCUCUUGCAUUACUCUAAGGUUAGCUCCAGUUCAAGAGCACAACAAAUUGCAAGAUCGCCAGAAAAGAUCCCUGAUCAGAAGAAGGAGAAGAAGAAAGUGAAAUUUGCAGAAGAUUUGGUGGAGCCAAGUGGGAACAGUGAAGAAUAUAGAAAGCUUCAUCAUUCUAAUAGGGUCAAGAAUGCUCUUAAACGAUAUGAAAUUGAACAAAAAUGUCCUUAGUUA